GCACCCUCGGGUUCUCCAGUAUCACCGCGAUGAUCGGUGUGCUUAGAGCACCGGUAAAGACGCCCGUCGUGGUUACGAGCUUCGCGCUACUUCUUAUUUUUCCCGGACUCGCGCGGACCGACGUACUUCCGACAGUCGAAGGACCGACCUUUGUCCUGCCAAUAGCAAACGUGACAGUUCCAGUGGGAAGAGAAGCAACACUUGCUUGUGUUGUUGAUAACCUUUCGACUUAUAAGGUAGCUUGGCUCCAAGUCAAUACCCAAACGAUACUCACAAUUGCAGUUCAUGUGAUCACGAAGAACCACAGGAUUGUUGUAUCACAUAGUGAUCAUAGGAUAUGGUAUUUACACAUACGAGACGUUCGUGAAAGCGAUCAAGGAGAUUAUAUGUGUCAGAUAAAUACAGAUCCAAUGAUCAGUCAAGUAGGCCACCUUAAAGUUGUUGUUCCUCCUGAUAUCCUCGAUUAUCCAACAAGCACGGACAUGGUGGUAAGAGAAAAUAGCAACGUGACAUUACGUUGUGCUGCAAAGGGAUCACCAGAGCCGAACAUCACUUGGAAACGUGAAUCCGGCGAACUUAUCCCAUUUGGCACGAACGGUGAAGUAUCGAGUAUUAAUGGAUCAUCUCUGACCAUAAUAAAAGUGAACCGUCUGCACAUGGGAGCGUAUUUGUGUAUAGCAUCGAACGGAGUACCACCGACUGUCAGCAAGAGGAUAAUGCUCAUCGUUCAUUUUCCACCGAUGAUAAUGGUUCAAAAUCAACUGGUGGAAGCAUACAUAGGACAAGAUAAGACAUUAGACUGUUACUCUGAAGCAUUCCCAAAAGCAAUUAAUUACUGGACAACAAUAGGAAACGAAACUAUUUCUAAUGGUGAGAAAUACGAAUUUUCAUCCUCAGAUAAUCUGCAUAUGGAUGAAUACAAAGUUCACAUGAAGCUAACAAUAAAAAAAAUUAAUCAAUCAGACUAUGGAACAUAUAAAUGUGUCUCAAAAAAUUCACUUGGCUCAACUGACGGAAUCAUCCAACUAUACAGAGUUGAUCCGCCUACAACACAACCGAAACCAACAACUACUACACCAAUGCCAGUUGUCGUCAAAGUUCCAGUAGAGAAGAAACCCAAGAAUCGACAGAAAACAUCUCCAACAGUGGAAUCGAAUUUUAAUGAGAUAAUUGAUGCUUCAAAGUCGACUGAGAGUGAAAAAAGAGCACAAUUGCGUGAAAGACCAAAGAGUGAGACAAAAAGUGGAAGAAAUCGUAAUGAGGAAAGAAUAAAAACAGAUAAAACAGCACAAUCAAUGUCGUCAAAAAGUGGUGCUACUGUAUCAUCUUCUAGGUCGAAUUUCAUUUUUGUUAUUAUUUUAUUCAGGUUUUAUUUAUAAUUGAGAUGGUUUGCAAUCUGUGAUCAUGAUAUUUAUUAUUUAACAAUAUUAUAUUUUUGAAUAUUGUACUUGUUUGAAUGUUUAUUUAUGAAUAGGGGAAGAAAAAUUUAUUUAUUUGUUAUUGUUGCUUAUGGUUGAAAGUGAUUAUCAAUAAUAUAGAAAUUAUGUUCGAUUAUCUUACAGAAAGUAUUGCUUGACUGCUCGUACAAAAUAAUUUCGUUCCCCAAAGGUGCCCUGAAUGUUCCC